GGGAGAGCGGCUGGCGACAUGGCGGCAGCGGAGGGCGUGGAGGGAGGCGAGAGGGAAGAAGAGGACGAGGUGGAGGUCGGUCUGCGUGUUCCUCGGGCUCCUCCGUUUCUCGGGCAGCGUUAGGGGAAGGGGCGCGGCGAGAUCGCUCCGUUCGGCCCCCUCGGGGCGUGUCUCGCCGGUGUGCCCCGUGCCGCCCCUGGGGAAGGGCCGCGGGGCCGGGUGAGGAGGGCCGGGGGUGACGUGGCUGCUGGGCCGGCCGUGGGUCGGACACAGGGCGGCUGCAUGUCCGCUUCAGCGUCCGCUGCGUGCGGAGCAGCUGGUGAUGGUGGAGCUCUCGGGAAUUAUUGAUUCAGACUUCUUAGAAAAAUGCGAAAACAAAUGCAAGAUUUUGGGAAUAGAGACAGAGAGACCCAUUUUGCAAGUGGACAGAUAUGUCUUUGCAGGAGAUUAUGAAGAUGCCUUGGGAACCUGCGUGUUUUUUGAGGAAAACACAGAGCAUGUAGAUGCUGAAGGCAACCAAAAACUACAGCUGAAGUACAAGUGCCACACAAUGAAGAAGUUGAACAUGACACGGACGCUUCUGACAGAGAAGAAGGAAGGAGAAGAGAGCAUUGGUGGCGUGGAGUGGUUACAGAUCAAGGACAGAGACUUUUCCUACAGCAGGCCCAAUACGAUCUGCAGCUUUCUGCACGAACAGGAAGAUGCGGAGGAGUCAGCUCAGGCCCAAGAGAAAUUAACUGAGGAGGCAGAGGGGGAGGUGAGCGACAGAGGAAGCUCUGACCUGAACUGUGAUCCGGAACAGCCGCGUGGCUUGGAAGCAGAUGCUUCUUCUGUCCCUGUGCCUGACAGCCCUGCUUCUGAGGCGGCGGAUUCUCCUUCUGGAAGCGCCGCCUUAGACGAUGCGCCUCCCUGAUGCCGGAUCUCAUCUCUUCAGGAUGUCUUCACUGAAUUAAUGGGCCAAGGGCACGAUUUUUACUUCACCUGAGGGGUUUGUAGUGGGGGGAAAAACUGGCACAGUGUUCUUGUGCAUUCCUUUCGUGUGCUGGGGGGAGCUUGAGUGGUUUUCCUUUGUUUUUUGAUGCUGAUUGGAAACGUGUGCUUCUCUACCUCAAAACUGACAAAAAGGAAACAGCUACAUAAUAAUGAAAUAAAAAGAACCCUACCUUUGAAAAA